AUGAAUUUUCUCCAAUAUAAAAUUCGUAAUAAACAAAUUUCAGAGAUGAAUGGUCAAAUAGAGACAUUGAUUCCACAAAGUGUCAAUCCUCCUCCUGGGGCUUAUUUAUAUAAGCCCGAAGGAGACAUGAUUGCAUCCGGCAAAGGAAAACAUAUCCAAAGGCACAUAUUUAAGAAUCAGAUUCUCACUGAACUCGAAGCUAAAAAAUUGGCAAGACUUGAGGAAGAAGUGAAAAAAUUAAAAAUCCAAAUUCCUGAAAACUGGGACAAAAAUGAGCUGCUGAGAUUUUGCUUCGGAACAGGCUGGAAAACAAGGAAAGCUCUUAAAGAAUUCCAGAACCACCUAAAAUGAAGGCGAGAGACAUUCCCACGCGGAUACUUAUCCGUGUAUCCAGAAGUAGCUGAAUUACUGGUAAAUUUUACAAUAGACAUUAGGAGCCUUUUAUGUUCACGGUCGGGAUCAUUUCUAUAGGCCAAUUCUUAUAAUGAAUUGUACGAAAUUUCAAUUCAAAAAAGUAAUAUUUACACAGAUUCCUGAUGAGACUUAUAUAAGAUUUUUAUGCUUCUUCUUUGAAUAUGUAACACAAAAUAUUUUACUUCCCGGGCAUGUCGAAACCUGGGUGAAUAUUGCUGAUAUGGGGCAUUGGGGGAUGACUCAACUUCCAAUUAGUUCGCUUCGUAAGCUUUCUAAAAUAAUUCAAGCUAACUUCAAAUGCCGCUUAGGAAUAAAUUACGUCAUAAAUCCACCUUCAACUGCUGUUAUUAUGUGAAAUUUUGUUAAACCAUUUUUAGAUGAAGUUACCUUGCACAAGAUGAACGUCUUAAAAGACUCAAUACCCAGGCCAUUGUUUAAUCACUGCAAUUUAAGUCAAGUUGAGCGAAAGUAUGGAGGAACAGCGCCAAAUGUGACUAGUUUUUGGCCACCUACAUUUCCUCCAGGUCCUAUUUCUCCAUAUGACGAAACUUUAAAAGAAGAUACAUAUGAUGAACCUGAUAUUAAUAUUAAAAAGAAAAGAAAAGACAAAAAGAGAGCACAAACAGAAAUAAUUGACAAGGAAGACGUUAUUGUUGACAUGGGAGAAAUUUCUAUGAAUAAUGACAUCAAAGUAGAAACUCUGCUAGAAACAGCCAGAGAAGAUGAGGAACUAUUAGUUGAGGAAAAAAUAAUUGAAGUUGAAGAAGAUCAAGUAACCAAAAAGGAAAAAGAAAAAGAAACAAAAGACGAAAAGGAAAUUAAAAGACGAAGAAGAAUAAGCAAGACGUAUAAAGUCAUUAAUAAUGAUAUAGAAAUUGAUGAAGAGAUAGGGAACGAAGAAAAAAUUAGGAAUAAAAAAGACAAUUUAAGCAAACUUGUUUUUGAAGAAUAUUACGAAAAUCAUGAUAAGCAUAGCAUCGAGCCUUUUAGCGUAGUUGAAACUCGAGUUGCUGAGUCUAAUUGCGGAUUUUUGAGCGUGCCAGAUUGUAGUUAUAGUAUAUCGAUGAAUAGAUGCAGCCUUCUUUAG